UUGUUCUAGUAUAUAAAUCCCUAAUAUGGCCUCCACUACACUCUCAUCGCCUAAUAAAUUUCGUAAAGCAAUCAUGAAAUUGAAAAUAGCAAGUUCAAAGCUUAUUAAGCCUUUGUAUGUAGGCAACCCUCCUCCAACAUUAACCGAUUGCAUCCCUUUAUCUGUCUUUGAUAAGGUGACCUACGAUCAACAUGUAGCCGUUGUUUAUGCAUAUCGCCCUCCGACACCACCCAAUGCGACGAUCGAGCAAGGCCUAAGGAGGGCCUUGGCCGCGUAUCGCGGGUGGGCCGGGAGGCUCGGUAAAGAUGCCAAUGGCGAUCCGAUCAUUCUUCUGAAUGACGAGGGCGUUAGGUUUGUGGAGGCAUCGGUUGAUCGUAAUCUAGAUCAAUCCGUCACCUUCAGUCCUUCGACGUCUUUGUUAAGCAUGCACCCCGCCUUGGAGGGCGUGGUCGAGCUCGUUCAGGUUCAGCUCACGAGAUUCUCGUGCGGCUCGAUGGUCGUGGGGUUCACCGCCCACCACCUCGUGGCGGACGGUCACGCCACGAGCAACUUCCUGGUUGCAUGGGGCCUAGCUUCGCGGGGACAUGAAAUUACAUCAUUACCCUUUAAUGAUCGUACGAUAUUCUCCCCGCGAAAUCCCCCGAGAUUUGACUUUCAACAUAGAGGGGCUGAGUACAUCUCUAGAAACUUCAAGAAAGUGUACCCCUUGAUAGAUCAUGAUGUGGAUGACAUUGUGGCACACAAAGUUCAUUUCACCUCGGAGUUUCUCUCCAGGGUCAAGGCCAGGGCUUCCUCGAUGAAUGGAUCGAGGAAGCCCUUUAGCACCUUCGAGAGCCUCUUGGCUCAUCUUUGGAGAACCAUAACAAAGGCGCGCGGCUUGAACGGGUCCGAGACCACCCAACUAAGGAUCUCCGUGGACGGCCGGGCCCGACUAAACCCUAGGGUUCCAAAUGAAUAUUUCGGGAAUUUGGUGCUGUGGGCAUUUGCGAAGGCGAAAGUGGACGACCUCUUACGCGCGCCUCUCCCCUACGCGGCUAAGCUUUUGCACGAGGCGGUCGUAAAUGUGAACGACGACUACUUCAAAUCGUUCAUCGACUUUGCAAAUCACAAGGUGGAGGAGGAAGAUCUUGUUCCAAAUGCAGACACAGAAGAGUCAAUAUUGUGGCCAAAUUUGGAGGUUCAUAGCUGGCUAAGGUUUCCAUUUUAUGAUCUUGAUUUGGGAAGUGGAAGUCCAUACAUUUUCUUGCCCUCAUUCUCGCCCACAGAGGGCAUGAUAUUCCUUCUCCCCUCCUUCGCCGGCGACGGAAGUAUCGACGUUUUUGUUCCUCUCUUUCAAGAAAAUUACACAAUUUUCAAAGAAAUUUGUUUUUCCUUAGAAUAGAAUCAUACAUUCACAAGGAGAAUUCUAUAUUUUGCAUUGUUUAUUUAAUUUUGGAGAAUAUAUAUACCGCUAGUAGUAAAUUGUGAAGCCAGUUGUAAGCUAGGUACAUCUAUCUUGAUACCUGCUAUUUACUUGUAACUUGUGUUAUUUUAUAAUUAAUUAACAUUUUGUUAUAUCGUUAUGAAAAA